CGAAGAGCCACAGUUUAACAGUGACUCUUGUGCAGUGCAGUUCUCUAGUUCAGUUUAAGUGUUUUUUAUAAUUAAAUAAAUAAAAAUGACUGGUCGUGGUAAAGGAGGAAAAGGUUUGGGCAAAGGCGGAGCUAAGCGGCAUCGUAAGGUAUUGCGUGAUAACAUCCAAGGAAUCACGAAACCAGCAAUUCGUCGAUUGGCUCGUCGUGGAGGUGUAAAACGUAUUUUUGGUUUGAUUUACGAAGAAACACGUGGAGUGUUGAAAGUUUUUCUGGAAAAUGUUAUCCGAGAUGCCGUUACUUACACCGAACACGCUAAGCGUAAGACAGUUACAGCUAUGGAUGUAGUUUACGCUUUGAAGAGACAAGGGCGUACUCUUUACGGUAAAAUGACUGGUCGUGGUAAAGGAGGAAAAGGUUUGGGCAAAGGCGGAGCUAAGCGGCAUCGUAAGGUAUUGCGUGAUAACAUCCAAGGAAUCACGAAACCAGCAAUUCGUCGAUUGGCUCGUCGUGGAGGUGUAAAACGUAUUUCUGGUUUGAUUUACGAAGAAACACGUGGAGUGUUGAAAGUUUUUCUGGAAAAUGUUAUCCGAGAUGCCGUUACUUACACCGAACACGCUAAGCGUAAGACAGUUACAGCUAUGGAUGUAGUUUACGCUUUGAAGAGACAAGGGCGUACUCUUUACGGUUUCGGAGGUUAAGAAUUUUAUUCGAAACAAACAAUCGGUCCUUUUCU